UCAGCCCUGGGACCUAGUGUGGCAUUCCUCAAUCUUAAUAUCUACCUCCUUCGACCCCUCGUGGCUUUCGCGCACCUCAGACUACUACUGUAUUUCACCUUUUUCGUUUUUGUCAGGAUGGCUUUCUCGUUUUAUUACGCGCUCGCUGCAUUGGUCGUGGUGGUCGGGGUCGUGCUCCAGAAGAUCGUGAAUCACAUCCGCGUGGCCCGAUUCAAGAAGCAACAUGGCUGCAAACCCGAAUUCAGGAUACCGCAGCGGGAGCGCAUUAUCGGAUACGGUCUGUACCAGACGCAGUUGAAGGCGUCCAAGGAGAAGAACAUGACGACGGUUAGUCGACAGAGGUAUCUCGAUUAUGGGAAUACUUGGUCGGGGCAGAUGAUGGGCCAGAAAUUCUUCAACACUAUUGAACCAGAAAACUUGAAGCACUUCCUUGCAACCGAUUUCAAAGAUUUUGGGUUGGGACGGAGGCAAGAAGCAUUUGGACCGUUGCUUGGCCAAGGUAUCUUCACAACAGAUGGUGCACAGUGGGAACACUCGAGGGCUUUGGUUCGACCCAAUUUCACCAAAUCCCAAGUAGCAGACCUGGACACCUUCGAGUCUCACAUUCAAAGACUCGUCACCAAGAUCCCACGAGAUGGCUCAACCAUUGACCUACAGCCGCUCUUCUUCCAGCUUACUCUAGACUCAGCGACCGAGUUCUUGUUCGGCGAGUCCGUGAACUCACUUACCUCCCCAGCUGGAUCAGAACAGGAAAUCUUUGGCCGCUGCUUCGAUUAUGCCCAAGGCCAGCUAGGGCAACGCAGUCGUCUAGGAAAGCUAGUCCAUGUAUUCCCCGACAAGGAAUUCGACCAAGCAUGCAAGACCGUGCAUCGAUUCGUGGACAACAUUGUCUUCAGAGCUUUAGAGCGAUCUCAACCCAAAGACGCCGAGAAGUCCAUCGACGGCAAGGGUGGAAAGGAGCGUUACGUCUUCUUAACCGAACUCAUGAACUCCACAAGAGACCCCAAGCAGCUUCGAGACGAGCUCCUCAACAUCUUACUGGCUGGAAGAGACACAACGGCCAGUCUCCUAUCAAACACCUUCCACGUCCUCGCCCGCCGACCAGAUAUCUGGAGCAAGCUCAAAGCAGAAGUCGACCAACUCAACGGCGAGAAACCAGACUAUGACACGCUCCGCAACAUGAAAUACCUAAAAUACCUCUUGAACGAAUCCCUCCGCCUCUACCCCGUCGUCCCAGGCAACGCCCGCUUCGCGAACCGCGACACCAUCCUCCCCCGCGGCGGCGGGCCGGACGGCCUCUCCCCGAUCUUCGUCCCCAAAGGCGACAUCGUCGCCUGGUCCACCUUCUCCAUGCACCGCCGCUUCGACAUCUACGGGCCCGACGCGCUAGAAUUCCGGCCCGAGCGGUGGGCACCCGAGGAGAAUCUCCGGCCCGGAUGGGGAUACCUUCCUUUUAACGGGGGGCCGCGGAUCUGUGUUGGGCAGCAGUUUGCGCUGACGGAGGCGAGUUACACGACGGUGAGGCUGCUGCAGGAGUUUGGCGGGUUGGAGGAUAGGGAUGGGAGUGAGUGGUGCGAGCAGUUGAGUUUGACGUGUGCGAGUGGAAGGGGGGUUAAGGUUGCGUUGGUGCCGAGGGUGGGUUGAGUGAUAAUGAGGUAUGACGGAGUGAGAGAUUGCAAUUGUAAUUGUAAAAAUGGAGUGGAUAGCGGUGUUUCUUGGAAUUAAUACCUAAUAAUGAAGAGAGGACAUCUCUUUUUUUUGACAUUUUAUUG